AUAAAGAGCCUCGCGGGAUUAUUCCCCUCGAAAACCUCAGUAUCAGAGAAGUGGAUGAGCCAAGAAAACCUAACUGCUUUGAGCUCUACAACCCCAACCACAAAGGUCAGGUGAUCAAGGCCUGCAAGACGGAGGCGGACGGGCGGGUCGUCGAGGGCAACCACGUGGUGUACAGGAUAUCUGCCCCCACCCCGGAGGAGAAGGAGGAGUGGAUCAAAUCCAUCAA